AUGCUGAGGGUGAAACCAAUUGAGACACAAACCACUAAAGUUGACAUGCUUUUGACUUCAAAAACAACAAGACUGGAAAUCUAUGAAGGGGUAGUUGAAGCAAUAGACAGUGAUUAUUUAAUGAAGGUGAAGUUGAUCAAGGUGGAGAAAGAAGAGUUACUCACAGUGGACAAUCCACACCUUGAAAACUUACAAAGAGAGUUUGAACACCUGAAGAAUGCAAAAUUUGUUGAUAAUGAUCAAAAGCUCAAUUACCUAUACAUAUGGUUUUGUGAAGCGGGAAUAUGCGCGGAUAAAACUCGCACGAAUCCUCUAGUGGAAACUGAGGGGCAACCAAUUGCAGAAAAAACAAAACUCGGAUGGUUUGCCAUGAGCCCUGGUGUGGAACCAAACAGUAAAAGGAUGUUGCUUACCCAAAUUUCGCAGAAGGAUUAUGAAGAUCUCUGCAGGUUGGAUGUGCUGGGCCUAGCAGACACUGCUCAACACGACCAAUCAAUGGUGUAUAACGAAUUCAAAAAGCAAUUAACGCGAUCACCGGAGGGCUGGUACGAGACCGGUCUUCCAUGGCGCGGAAAUCAUCCACCUCUCCCAUCGAACAAAACAGGAAGCAUCAGAAGGUUGGAAUCUUCAGAGCGACGACUACAGCGAAAGAAAUUAACUGAAGAUUACAACACAGUAAUCCAAGACCAAAAGCACAAUGGCAUAGUUGAACCAGCAACUAACGUAGCAAAAGGUAAUGAAUUGUACAUACCUCACAAAGAAGUCGUACGCGAGUCAGCGCAGUCCACUAAACUGAGAGUGGUGUACGAUGCAUCAGCAAAAGCUUCACCAGAAAGUCCUUCUUGA